AUGCGCUGCGGGGCCGCGGCGGCGGCUGGCUCGCCUUCCUCCCAUCCUGCCGCCCCUAUCCCCUCCUCCCGGCCCUCCUCCCCCUCCUCCUCCUCCUCCUCCUCAUCCCCAUCGCUGCCGUCCCUCCUCCCGGCCGCCAGGUGCCCCUCGGCCGCCGCCGCUCGCUCCGUGUUCCGGGGCGGCCCCGGCAGCGCGGCCCGGCAGGACAGGAUGCUGUUCCCGCUGCCCCUGCGUGCAGCCUGCAGCCUGCUGGCCUGGUUCUGCCUCUACAAGUGGUUCUGCCACCGCUACCGGCACCGCAGCCUCGAGUGGAGCUGCAGGCUGGUCACGCUGACCCACGGCAUCCUGGCCACCUGUCUGUCUGCUUACAUCGGCUUCAUUGAUGGCCCCUGGCCCCUGAGCCACCCAGGCUCACCCAACACGACCCUCCAGGUGCACGGGCUGUGCCUCAGCUUGGGCUACUUCAUCUUCGACCUGUGCUGGUGCGUGUACUUCCAGACGGAGGGUGCCCUGAUGCUGGCCCAUCACCUGGUGAGCAUCGUGGGCAUCGCGGGCUCGCUGGCGCUGGGCGAAUCUGCUGCCGACGUCAACGCCGUCAUUUUCGGCAGCGAGAUCACCAACCCGCUGCUGCAGGCGCGCUGGUUCCUCAAGGAGCUGGGUCGUUACCACACCUUCACGGGGGACGUGGUGGAUUUCCUCUUCGUGGUGCUCUUCACCGGCGUGCGCAUCGGCGUGGGCGCCUGGCUGAUGUACUGCGAGCUGGCCUCGCCGCGGCCCCGCUGGUACAUCAAGCUGGGCGGGGUCAUCAUGUAYGUGGUGUCCUGGGUGUUCAUGGUCAGCAUCUGCCGAUUCGCCCGCAGGAAGAGCAUGAGGAAAUACCAGGCUUGGAGGAGCCGCCGGAGCCGCGAGCUGGGCUUGAAAGCCAACGGGCAUCUCAAAAGCCACUGA